CCCACCCACCCAACCUAAACCACUCUGCAGCCUCAUAGCAUCCGCCUUGCAGCUCACACUGCCUCCCAGCUUUGUGCCAUCCACAAACUCUGAGAUACAAACAAGCUUCUGGUAAACUCCACAUUUUGAUAUCUUUGACCCCUGUUUCCUAUGAAGACUGGGGAAAUUCAGCACGUUUCUUAUUACUUUCACAAACUUCUACAGAAGCUCCAUAGUAAACAUACUGUUGGGUUGCGUAACAGCUUGGUUUGCGACAAGUUUGGCCCAAGACUGUAAACGGUUUUGAUAAGGGGGGAUCUUGUCUGCCAAAUCCGUUGGAGUUUUUUGAGGAGGUAAAGUUGUGGACUACUUUCUAAAUGGGGAGAAUGAUACAGAAAUUGGACGUGCAAAGGGACAUGGGAGAGCUGGUGCAGGAUUGCCAAAACGUUAGUUUGUAGGUCGAGUCAGCAGUAAGGAAAGCAAAUGCAAUGUUAGCAUUCAUUUUGAGGGGACUAGAAUAUAGAAGCAAGGAUGUAAUGCUGAGGCUUUAUCAGAUGCUGGUGAGGCUACAUUUGGAAUAUUGUGAGCAGUUUUGGGCCCCAUGGCUGAGGACAGAUGUGCUGGCUUUGGAGAGGUUUCAAAAUGAUCCCAGGGAUGGUUAGGUUAACGUAUGAGGAGCGUUUUAUGGCUCUGGGCCUAUACUCACUGGAGUGUAGAAAGAGGAGGGAGAGUCUCAUUGAAACCUGCCAGAUAAUGAAAGGCCUGGAUAGAGUGGAUGUAGAAAGGAUGUUUCGUGUAAUGGGAUAGUCAAGGACCAGAGAACCUAGUCUCAGAAUAAUAGGACAAACCUUUGAAAUGGUGACGAAGAGAAGUAUCGUGAGCCAAGAGUAGUGAAACUGUGGAGUUCAUUGCUGCACACAGUUGUGGAGGCCAAGACAUUGGGUAUUUUUAAGACAGAGAUUCAUAAGUUCUUGAUUGGGAAGAGCAUCAAAGGUUACAGUACAGGAGAGUUGGGUUGAGAGGGAUAAAUAGAUCACCCAUGAUUGAAUGGCUUAAUUCUGCUGCAAUGUCUUAUGGUCUGCAAGAAAUUGCACAGAGUUAUACAUGUAGACCAGUAAAUCACACCGACCAGACUUCCCUCCAUUGACUCCAUCUACACUUUCAUGCUGCAUUGGAAAAAGCCAACAUAAUUAAUGACAUCCCACUCUCAUCAUUCCUUCUCCCUGCCUCCACCUGGCAGAAAUGCACACACCACCAGACUCAGGAUUAACUUCUUCCCCUGUAAUCAAUGUCCUGAAUUGUCCUUUCAUGAACUUGGGUAUGGUCCGAUGCACCUCUACCCCAUUGCAGACAUUGGACUUUGUCAAUGGAACUGGUGCACUAUAAGUCUGAGGUCAUCCUUCUCGGCCCCUCGGACUCAAUCAAAAUUAUAGCAGGCAGCCUUGGAAACCAUACCCCACUACUCAAACCUCACGUCAAAAACCUUGGCGUGAUAUUUGACUCAGCACUGAAAUUUGACAAUCAAGUCAAUGCCGUGGUAAAACGCUAGCUUCUUUCAGCUUCAGACGAUAGCUAAAAAAAAAAAAUUCCUCCAGUUUGAUGAUCUGGAAAAGAUCAUCCACACAUUCAUCUCCUCCAGCCUAGAUUUCUGCAACUCCCUUUACAGUGGCAUCAGCCAAUCUUCCCUGUCCCGCCUGCACCUGGUCCAAAACGUCGCAGCGAGACUCCUGACGGGCACCCGAAAAAGGGACCACAUCACCCCGAUCCUGGCCUCUCUCCACUGGCUCCCUGUGCGGUUCCGUAUUAACUUCAAGAUUCUCCUCCAUGUCUACAAAGCCCUCAACGAGCUUGCCCCCACCUACAUAAAAAGUCUUCUCACCCACCACUCCACCUCCAGGCCCCUCAGAUCAGCCGACUUGGGGUUUGCUGAAUAUCCCACGGUCUAGGCAUAAGCUCAGGGGCGACCACGCCUUUGCGGUUGCAGCCCCUAGACUGUGGAACAGCAUCCCCUUUCCCAUCAGAACUGCCCCCUCCAUCGACUCUUUUAAGUCAAGACUAAAGACUUAUCUAUACUCCCAAGCCUUUCCUGACGUCCUCUGAGUGAGGGCUACAUGUAUAUAUGUAUGUAGUUUGUUUUGUUGUGCUAUUCUUAUAACAAAUGUAAAGCACUUUGGCCAACGAGAGUUGUUUUUUAAAUGUGACUUGACUUGACUAAUGAUGAGAACUACAUCCUGCACUCUGGAUCUUCCGCUUUGCUCUACUUAUUGUACUUGAGUUUGAGCUGAUUUUAUUUAUUAUUUGAUCUGAUAAUAGUAUCAGAUAGCAUACUAAACAACGUGUUUCAUUGUACCUUGAUACAUCUGAUGAUAAUAAAUCUAAACCCAACUUUCUAAAAAUAGUUGUUCCCAACAAAAGUUGAAAAAGUGUCUUCAUUCAAAUAAUAUUUCGGCGCUGCCAUGCAUUACUCACUGGGUUUCAUAAUGAGAAGUUUAUCUUUGAAAUUAGCGUGCUCGGCCAACGUUUCAAGCGCUUGCAAAAGCCUGCAAGUCAGUGAACACGUCUUGUUUUCCAUCAUCUGCAGCUCGGAAUCAGUCGAGGGCAGCUGAAGUGUGAACUGUCAGAGUUCAGAUGGCGUCUCACCGCGAGCACCAACACUGAUCUCUUCCUGCCACUCACCUCCGGUUUAAUACAUCGCAAAGAAUAAACUCGGCUAACGGAAGCCGGGCAUCUUGUUGGCAAGCAGAGGCAGUGUAAAAAUAAAAGAGGGCCGGUGAAAAUAUUUGACUCCGAAUUUACAAGAUACAUAAUUAAAAAGCAUGAGGAUAAAGAACUACGAAGAACUGAAAAGAGUUGGUUUUCCUGCCGGGCGCUGUUUUUGUGGGAAGGGUCACCUUUUUGGAAUCUGGACGCUCCGCUUACUGACCCUCUGCGGCACAGGGACCCCAGCCCCACCCGAUACCGUCAUUGAUGCCGUCGUUGGACAGGAUGUUCAGUUCCCUGCGGAUAACCCGUGUGAAGAUCGAUAUGAAGUGACAUUUCAGAUACUAUCACCGUUUGUUGCUCAACUAGCUUCUACGGGAACGGACACACCCGAAACCCGACACCCAGUGUACGCUGACAGACUGCAUUGGGACGCGAGUGGAUCCCUGGUGCUGUCCAAUGUGCAGGUCAAUGACAGUGAAAGAUAUGAACUACAAAUCGACUGCUACAGCACAAAACGAACAGAGCCAAGUGAAAAGACCUUCGAUUUGCAUGUGUUUGAAUCAGUUUCAAAGCCAGUGAUAACAGCAAGUGGGUGUAAUUCAACUCCAACUGUUAAUCUAAGCUGCUCCGUCACCAAUGGAACAAAAGUUACCUUCUGCUGGGAAAUGUUCUCCUUGUCCAAAGGCCUCAACGAAACUUGCCAUGGGCCAGAACUGGUGAUAAACCACGGUAGAGAACAGGAACUGGAUACAUUCAGGUGCACGGCAAAGAACAGAGUCAGUAAUGCAAGCAGACAACAAACAAUCACGGAGCUGUGUUAUGGAAAUGACUAUGCACAGUAAUACAAGGGACUGACAGGAAAACUGUUGACCAAGAUGGAUUACCUACAUUUGACGUGCUCCUCUUGCAAAGUGGCAUUUGUAUUGUUGGUCAGUUUUAGGAACAAUUAACUAAAAACUGGAAAAACGGUGAUUGAGUUUUCGCCAACAUUAGAAUGAAAAACAGCAGCAUGGGAACUUUGUUCAACAUUGCCACUCCUUUGACAAUGAAUUUAUUGCAUGAGCAUUAUCCAAUUAAACUAUUGUUAAUACCCAAA